CCGGCGAACACGGAACGCGAAGACGACAGACAUGAAGUUUUUAGUGCUUCUCUGCUUGGUGGCGUGUGUCGCGGCGGACUCUGACGGCUAUUAUGACGACUAUUACAAGUACCCGGGCAGAUACGGCCCGUCACGGUACUAUGGCAAGUAUGAGGGAGGAUAUUAUCCAGAUGACUACAGGUACAAAUCAUACGGCAAGAAUAACUAUCGCUACGACUACCACAUCUACUACCCCUGGGAAAGGGCUCAUCAGGGCAAGUACGAGAGCAACUACGGCGGCCGCACCCGCGGCGGGUACCACGUGAAGCUGCCGUACAGCAAGGUCAACGUCGACUAUGACAUCAAACACGGCUAUGGCAAGGUCCGUACUGGUAGGUAGCACCGCAAGUUCCAUAAAUCAGCAGCAAUCGCUUUGGGAAUCGAAGUGUCCCUAACUGAUAAAAUGAUGGCGGCGGACAGACGCCAAUAGUUACCGACCAGACUACCAUAAUCGUGAAAAGCCAGGUCCGUCUGCUGUGAAUGAGCCGGCGCCCGUGUGCUGGUGGGCUGAGUGCGCAUGCGCGGCCUACAGUUCGCACCACUAAUAUUGCGUCAUGUACCACGGCUGUAUCUGAUAGCCAAGAAUAUGAAUAAAAGACAAAUCAAACCAAAUGGACGGUACAUAUGUAUAUCAUGAAAGCAACUCGAAGAACUAAACAGAUGUAACUUAACCCAGACAUUUGCCCUAACUCGACGCGCAACAAUGCCCGACCGAACAUAGCGUAACGUUAUUUUUGCGGCGUGUAACGAGCAAUGUGAUGCCAGAGGUCAAUGCUAUCUCCAUCCAGAUGAUUACCUUAACGUGAGUGAAUAGAGGCUGGGGACUGGGGAGGUCCGUCAGCUUGGAUUAACCAACUGCAUUGCAAUGCUCUAUUGUUUGUAAAUCUGGCACGAAAACUAAAUACACUGCAUA